AUGGGGGGCAACUGCUGAUCAACGAUCGUCUACCGUCCAGUGGCUCUGAUCGGCCCUUGAGGGAGUAAGGUAGUGGAGCGGGACGGUCGACUAGGGAAGCACGACGAUUGACAGGAUGCGGCGGAAUGAAGAAAGGCGAGUGGGAGGAGACGCGAGAGGGGCAUUGAGAGAUCAUCCGUCGGGAGGGUUGAAGAGAAAAGAGUCCAGACUGGAGGAGCGCCAGAGAGAACCAAAGAAACCGAGAAACGUGACCGAACGCCCGUUCCUCAGGCCGUCUAUCCAGGAACCGCAGCCUCGCGCUUCUCUUUUCCUGCUUUCUCUAUCCUCGUCUCUCGUCUCUCUCCGCUUCCUUUCUUUCUUUCUGCUCUCUCUCUCUCUCUCUCUCUCUCUUUGCCCCCCGUCUCCCUCGUCUCUCCUCUCUUUUCAUUCGUCCCGCUUCUUUGGCUUCUUUGCUCCAGCGCCUUUCUUCUUCUUCUUCUUCUUUUUUCUUUUUUCUUUUUUCUUUUUUCCGUGCUGGAACUAGAUUUAGUCACCGGAUGCCUAGGCGUCAUCCUCAUUCUCUCUUUCCUUCCGUUACCCUGGUGGUUGCUCCUCUCCGUCGACGCUUCUUCCCCGCUUCCAUGAUUCCAUGACCACCUUUCGAUCUCCU